GUCAGUGACCGAAUCGAAUUGCAGUAGGAGUGUCGCUCCUUCGCGCUAAAAAUAUCAUUAUCGAAACUGUCGUUUUUAAAAAACAAAAGAUACUUGGAUUUCUGUGACAAGAAUGAAACAACUUUGAAAUAAAACCCAGUUAGUCUGUGGUGCCUUGCGCGUCAGUUUUACAAUUAUGUUUUGUUAAAUAACGUUAAUUUGCUUAUUUGCUGUGAUUUCGCGGUAUUUACGUUGUCCUGUUGUUUGUGAAUGGAACAUCAACAAAACGUGUAGCUAUGAAAGGAUGUUGUUAGAGUUUAUUGACCAAAUUUCCGUAUUAAUAGAACUUUGAAAAUUGAUGGGAUUGCACUACUGUUGUUUAGAGUCGGUGUGAUGGUGCGGUUGGCAGUGCUCCUGCUGGCGGUUGCACUGUGCCGCGCCGCCACACUCGACUCGGAGCUCGGCGUGGGCAAAUCCAUCAACAUAUUUAUGAGAUAUGGCUAUCUCAGUAUUUGCAUGCGAGUGGUUCCGCGUAAUGACACAGACGGGUGGGUUUUCCGUGAGCCGACCGUCAGCGUGUUCCAGGAUACAGAACGAUUUGUGGUCGCGCCAAAGCCGCGUCAGGCCAAGACGCUCUUCGAUGGAGACUUUCAUAUGGAAUUUUGCGAUAACUUGAAGCAACUACUACAGGCAUAUUUCAGGGAUUUUAGUUUUGAAAGAUUAGAACGACCAUGGCGUGCGUUCACCGCCGGCUGGCCCACGGAUAUCAUGGCCCGUAAUCUUGGUAUCAAUUCUUCAUUCAUCAAUGGUGACCAUUGCUACGUCCUUGUAAGGGUUUCCAGGUUCCGUGAAACAGCAAAACUCAAAGAUCUACCUCCAAACAUCGCAGUAGAGGACGUAGUGAACGAAGCCAUUCAAGAUAUUUCCAUCGGGGACACAGUGUCGGUAGCGGACUUUAUCAGAAAAUAUGGAUCCCACUACAUCGCGUCCUAUGUCACGGGUAACUCCUUGUAUCAGGUGUUUGUGUUCUCUAGAACCGCAUACUCUAUGAUCAAAGAAAGACUUAAAAGCAAGGGCGUUGCGGAUAUAACUGCUAAGGAGUUGGAAGGUUACUUCUCACCUUGGCAGGCCAAACACAUUGGCCAAAUUAAGGUGGCAAGCGGUAACAAAACGGUAGAGAGCUGGGCCAUGAAGCGUCUAAGAGUACACUACUACAUAUUCUCCUACCCCAGCUUAUUAAAACUACACGGAGAGCCGACCCUACUGAGAAACUUAGAUACGUUACUGGGAAAUGAAGCUUUAUUACAAUUAGAAUUAAAGACAUUAUCGCCUGCAUUCAAAGAUAUAAAGAAGAGAAAGUGGUUCGAAGAAGUAAUAGACAAUUAUUUAAAAUUGUGGGAGAGUAAUAUGUGAUAAUGGUGAUAGAAAAUUUAGUUAAUUUAAGUAAUUUAGUCGCUUUACAAAGUUCGAAGGACAAAUGACAAUAUAUAUGUAUUAUACAGAACACAAUGUAGAAGUGACAAAAAUAUUCUUUCGACUUUAAUUUAUUUACUGUUAUUAAUGAGAAAAAAAAGUAUUAAUAAAUACAUUCUUAUCGUAAAUUCCAUUCCAAUGAUCAAUACAGACAUUAUUUUGUAAAUAUCACUUUUAUUAAACUCUGCAUCUUUAUUAUCUGUGCAAAUAAACAAAAAAAUAUAUAUAAGAUUGACGUGUUUUUGAAACUGGCAACAAAAUUAUUCAAAAAGAUUCGAUAUUAAAAAAAAACAUUUUCGUUUUCGUAUGUGAUAAAAACAACAAAAGGGUGUAUACAUUUUGAAAAAUGAUUAAAGAUAAUUUGUUUAAAUAAUAUUUUAUAAGUAUAACAUGUAGUAUUCAGUAUGUGAUGUCAGUUACACGUGGUUAUUUAUAAUAAAAUGUUAUAUGGAAAACUUUAUCCUUACAUAAAUGUGCCUAUAAAAAUAUAUAGUAUAGAGAAAUCAUUAUUUUAAAAAUUACAUGAAUUACUAUAUUUUUUAAAUCAAUAUUUACUACAUUUAAAUAAUGAUAAUGAUAAUUUGUACACAAUAAAUAUGCAAUACUUUGAAAUUAAUGAAAACAUAAUUUUAUAACCUUUUUUUCAUAGGAAAGUGACAUGGUAAAUAUUACUAUUUUUAUAUAAUCUAUGUGCAAUAAUAUUUAGUAUAAUAUCCAAUUAUGUACAAAUAAAAAUGCGGGAUCAAUAUAUGAAUGCAUUUACACAAACACAAUGCGAUGUAAAUAUUACCUGAAAUAAGUUAUAGGCAGAAUAAAAACGAUUAAUGACUGAA